CCGGACACCCCCAUGGAUCUCCUCCUCGGCCUCGGCUGCACCAGUGCCGGGCUCUUACUGGUGUCACUGGUGGUGGUGGCCCAUCGCUUGGGGCUCCUCUACCAACUCUUCCAUAAGGUGGAGCCCCAAAGUCCCCGUCAUGGUGGGGAGUUGGUGGCCGAGGUGUUGAAGGCCCACGGCGUCCGGUUCCUCUUCACCUUGGCUGGUGGCCACAUCUCCCCCGUCUUGGUGGCCAGCGAGAAGGUGGGAAUCCGGGUGGUGGACACCCGGCACGAGGCCACUGCUGUCUUCGCCGCCGAUGCCAUCUCCAGGCUCUCAGGUCGCAUCGGAGUCGCCGCGGUCACCGCUGGCCCCGGUGUCACCAACGCGGUGACGGCCAUCAAGAACGCCCAGAUGGCCGAGUCCCCGCUGCUGCUCAUCGGGGGAGCGGCCGCCACCCUCCAGAAG